CGUACGUGUAUUUAAUUAGCUAGGAUACUACAUUAAAAUUGCAGCAUAUGCAGUUAUUUCAUGGUUAAUUUAACAACACGGUAUCCAGUCGAGUAUUUCAGAAAUUAGGAAUUAAAAAAUAAGGACAAAAGGAAUUAAUAAUAAUUUAACAAAAAAACAAACAAACAAAAAAAACAACCUAUCGUCGAGCAAAAGAAAUACAUCUGUCUGACUGUUGGAUAUUGUUUGGAGACCUGAAAUGAAAUUACCCAAUAUAGAGCCUCCACAGCAACAUGUCUGUAAGGAGGAAGAGUUUCUCACAGACCAGCAGCUCUGUAUUCAGGAGAGAAGCUCCAGUCUGGACCAAGAGGACCCAGAGCCUCCACAGAUUAAAGAGGAAGAGGAGGAACUCUGCACCAGUCAGGAGGGAGAGCAGAUUGAACUGAAGGAGGAGGCUGAUACCUUUAUGUUGACUCCUACUCAUGAGGAAAGUGACCACAAUGAAGAUCAGACUCUGGACUUCAACUCUGAUGAUACUUUUAGUGAAGCAGAGAAAGAGUCUGUAGCCAACAUGCCAGUUAUAAGCUCGGUGGCAUCAGAAGCACACGGUGGCAACCAGGAGGGAGAGCAGCUUGCACUGAAGCAGGAGACGGAUACCUUUAUGUUGACUCCUACUCAUGAAGAAAGUGACCACAGCGAAGAUCAGACUUUGAGCUUGAAUCCGGACAAAAGUCAGUGUCCAUCAGAGCUUCCAGCUUGCAUGGGUAUCAGUUGCCUAAAAGACAAAUCUGCCAGUGAAAAUUGUGAAGCAUCAAAACCAAAAAGUGACCACCAGCUCCUCUUUCAAAACUCUCAUGUAGCUAAGAGAGGAGAUCAGAAAGGAGGCGAGCAUGGAGACUCAGGAUUGACUCAACCCAAAAAAAGACAUCACAAAAGCAGAAGUCACAGAGACAAAGUAAACAAUUUCCACACAGGUGAAAAGUCUUUCAAAUGUGACACAUGUGAGAAAGCUUUUAACUGUAAGUCACAUUUCCAGAGACACCUGGUAACACACACAGGUGAGAAGCCAUAUUCUUGUGACACCUGUGGGAAAAGAUUCUUUUGGACAUCAGAGUUAAACACUCAUAUAACAAUCCACACAGAUGAGAAGCCAUGUGUGUGCAAAUCAUGCGGGAAAGCUUUCAGACAGAAUCGCUUCUUGAAAAGUCACAUGAGAACACACACGGGCGAGAAGCCGUACCUUUGCAACACCUGCGGUAAAAGAUUCCGUUACAUGUCGGGACUGAACGCUCACGUCAAACUACACACAGGUGAGAAACCAUAUACUUGUAAAACAUGCAGGCAAGAUUUCAGACUUAGCGGUGACUUAAAAGUCCACAUAAGGACCCACACAGGCGAGAAGCCAUACCUUUGCAAGACCUGCGGGAAAAGAUUUGCUUACACGUCAGCGCUGAAAACUCAUGCAAGAAUCCACACAGGUGAGAAACCAUAUUUGUGCAACACAUGCGGGAAAGAUUUCAGACGUAGCAACGAGUUGACGGCACACGUUAGAAGGAAACACAUUUUUACACGCACAAGGUGAUUUAAUGUUGCAGCUCACCAGGUGGAGGUUAAGGCGAAUUUUCUCUGUUGCCGUCAGGGUGUCAUUACACUUUACCUGCUUGUAAAACUAACCAGUAUUCAAUUUUUUUAUUCCUGCUGCUAUUUGUCUUUAAAAUUCUUUGUAGAUUUUUGUUUUUACUGUUUUUAUGUCUGUUAUGGCAAUGUGUCUAUUAACUUUUAUUAUUUAUAGAGUCAUUUGUUCCACUGAACUCCCUGGCAUUUUUUUUAUUACUCAUUUAUUUAUGUGUCUACAUGUUCUGUUCAAACAAAUUGCUCCUGGUGGGAUUAAUAAAGUUGUCUAAAUCUGAA